UACAGUCAACGAAAGAAGAAAGUAAGAUCGAACACUUUACUUCAAAAAAAUUCAAAGUGAUGGAGUAUGCGAACAAGAGGGUGCUGCCGUUAAGAAUGGUGAUGUGCUUGGUGCUCCUAGUGGUGUACACCACCAUGAGUUCUACUCAAGCAUGCUCACCCAAUGGUGGAGAUUGCAGGAACUGUAUUGCAAAGGCGAUGAGAAAAGAUUGUCCAAAGUGUGCACCAAUCAUGAGGUGCAUGGCUAGAUGCUUGUGGGCGAAUACACCAAAGUCCAAGUGUGUGAAGCAGUGUGACUGUAAUACUGGUUCCUAUCCAAAACUUUCUGAUUGUAAGAGUUGUUUGUCACAGUGUAAAUGCAUGUGUGCUGUGUAUUAGUUUGUGUAUUUGUGUGUCUGUGUGUGUGUGUGUUUACGUCGUUUCAAGUUUAGUUUAUAUUGGUAUCUAGCAAUAUUAAUGGAGAUAUGAACAAGUUCCCUUUUAC